GCACUGCGUGGGGGCCACGCUGGGAGAAAGGGGUUGUGGGGAUGGGGGAUCGACGGCGCCCAGCAUCGCAGCUCAGCCCCCCCCCGUCCCAGGGCUGGGGGCUCUCCGCCAUCUCGUGCCACCAAUGGCUAAAAAUAGCAGCUGGCUUCCUGGGGACUAACCGCCGGGGUGAGCGUGCUGAGCGGCUGCCGGCCGCAGGGUGGAUGUGGCCACCUGCGCCGGGGCAGCAUGGGUCAUGAGAUGCUGCACGAGCUUCCUGCCACCACCAGCCUGCGCCGGGCUCCCCACAGCCCCCCCAGCCGUGGUGAGCCGGCAGCGGCGAGCGGUGCCCGGGCAGGAUCCAUACCCCAGAGAGAGAGAGAGAGACAGAGACAGAGAGAGACAGCUUUGGAAUGACACGAUCACUCCCGCUGAGCAGGCAGCCAGAGAGCCAUCGGGGAUGUCGUGUCUGUCCAAAGCUCUUUCGGCACCGCUGAGAGCCCCCACCUCUGGCCACCACACUGUCUGCAGGGAUCCCUGGUGCUGGGGGGAUGGGGACGGAUUGAUCCUGGAGCCCACCAAGCAGUGGCACAACGUCCAAGCACGCUCCCAGCCCACGCUGGUGUGUGUCCAUCCCCCCGGCCAGGCAGGGGUCCCGGGUGGCUCCUGCCCUGCGGACAGUCAGCAGUUGGUCUGGUGUGAGCAGCGAUUCUCAGAUCACCUCUUGGCUGUGGGUGGUGCAGGGAGCACCCCGCCGGGGCACAUACCCGCACUGCCGGCAGGGUGGGGGACACGCAGCACCCACCCCCCCAGCUGAGGGACAUGUCCCCACUCCUGACCCAGGGCAGUGGGUUCGCACUGGCUGCAGAGCUGCUCAGGGAGCCCUGAAUGGAUUCCUGCGUUCCCGGCAGAGACCACGCAAUGGGCCAUGCUGCCAGGAUCUGCCCUUGUCCCGGCCCCCCCGUGCAUACAAGCCCCGGAGGAACCGGUUUGGUCCCUGCGGGCAGAGCGGCCCCCCCGGCCCUGCGGGGAGGGCAGGAAGGGAAGGGCAGGGAGGGAGGUCCCCCACUCCCCGGGGACACGUGCUCCCCACCACUGCGGGGGGGUUGGCGCUUCCCGGAUACCGCUCCCCACCAAGCUGGCACGGGGCUAGGUGCGUGCCAGGCCAUUGCCACCAUCCGCAGGUUGGAGCCAGCUUUGCCUGCAGCCCUGGAGGGAGCAGCAGCCCCCGCCACCUCCCUGCCGAUGAGACAGGCUGAGAGAGCUGGGGUUUGGAAAAGAGAACGCUCCAGGGAGACCUUAUUGUGGCCUUUCAGUACUCAAAGGGGGCCUACAGGAAAGAUGGGGACAAACUUUUUAGCAGGGCCUGUUGUGAUAGGACAAGGGGCAAUGGUUUAAAACUAAAAGAGGGCAGAUUUAUACUAGAUACACGGAAGACGUUUUUUUACAAUGGGAGUGGUGAAACCCUGGCCCAGGUUGCCCAGAGAGGUGGUGUAUGCCUGGAAACACUCAAGGUCAGAUUGGACGGGGCCCUGAGCAACCUGGUCUGGUUGAAGAUGUCCCUGCUCAUUGCAGGGAGUUGGACAAGAUGGCCUUUAAAGGUCCCUUCCAACUCAAACUAUUCAGUGAUUCUACGCCUGCUCUGUUCAGGGCCCAGCCCCCCCCCGCAAACUUGUGCUUGAGACACGGCUGCUGCAGAGGAGCUCAGCUCUGCAGACGCAAUCAAGACCACGAUGGCACCAUGAAACAGUUCCCAUCUCCUUCCUCCCGGGGCUGAUGAGCAGGAAGGCGCUGGGCGGGAGGGCAGCUCCCUGUGGCCACCCCUCUCACAGGGGGUGUCUGGGGCAGGGGCUGGGAGAAGAGCACGGUGGUGACAACCCGAUGCCCACACGUCCACCAUGCCGAACCCAGCCACCGCCGCACACCGCACCUUGCCAGUGCCGCUGGUUCUCCUCAGCCGGCCUGUUCCGAGCCCGGGGGGCCCUGAGGCCAGGCCGCCCAGCCCGGGGUCGCUCUGUGCUCGCAGCCAGGGUCCGCCUUACGCCCUCCGGUCCUCGGCUGCCCCUUCCCGGCUCGCCACUCCCACUAUGGCGGCGCCGCGCUGCUCGCCACGCACAUCAUGGCGGCGGCGCCGCGCCCGUUACCCCCAAGAUGGCCGCCCUGCACCGCCCAACCCGCCCCCAAGAUGGCUGCCCGCUGAUGUCACUUCCGGCCAGUGCCGGCCGAGCCGGUAGCCAGGCUCCCAUGGAGGCGGGCGAGGGUCGGCCGGGCUUGGCAGCCACGCUGCGGGCGCUGAACGGAGCGCUGGGGCGGCCCGAGGGGCUCUGCGUGAAGGAGAGCGGCGCCCGCAACCUGCGGCACCGGGACUUCCUGGCGCCGCGGGCCGCGCUGAACGCCGCCUUCCCCGGGGGGCAGGUGCCCGCUGACAUCAUGUCGGGCGUGACGUCAUUAGGAGGCCCGGGGGUGCUGGAGGUGCGGGGCUGCCAGGAGACGCCGGCGGGGCUGGCGGUGCAGCUGCGGCGCCCCGAGGCCUUCCGUCGCCUGCUGGGGUCCCCAUCCGUCCCGUCCCCGUCGCCGCCCCCGUCGGGGCCGCGGGUGGUGCUGCACUGCCCGGCCCUGCGCCGCCCCGCCGCCCUGCGGCCCCGCCACCUCCGCCCGCUCUUGCUGGCCGACCACCUGGCCCAGCUGCUGCGCGCCCAGGGGGUCGGCGUCCGCCUGGUCCCUGCCCUCCCCGAGGAGGGGAGCCGAGAGGUCCUGCGGCAGCUCCGCAUCGACUGGCCCUCCAGCUCCGGCAGCUUGGCCCUCCUUGACGCCAUCUCGGCCUUGAAGCAAGCACUGGGCCGGUCCCCCUGUGCCGCAGCCUGUGAGCAGGCGCCAGGCGCAGCUGCGCUGCCCGAGGAUGUCAUCUGUAAAGUGCACUUGAAGAGCUUCGUGGAGGAGCAGGGCUUGGUGGGCUACGACCCCAACCUAGACGUCCUUCUCGUGACGGAGGAGAAGCUGCGGUCCCUGGCUGAGCUGCAGCAAGCUGUUCUGCAGUGCACGGCUGAAGGCCAGGGGAGCUGCUGCAGCAGCAUUGUGCACGUGGUGAGCUGCGAGGAGGAAUUCCAGCAGCAGCAGCUGGAUCUGCUCUGGAGGAUUUUGGAUCCAGGAGCCCACACGGCUUUGCAGAAACACCUUGUCUGUGGGCCAGUGAAGGUGACAAACCCCUCAUCGCCCAUCGGGGCAGACCAGUACUUCCAGCUCCGAAAGCACCAGAUGUACGAAGCCUCCGUGAUGAAGUAUGGGGAGCUUGCAGAAGAUGAGGCCUGGACUGAGGUGAUCGAUACCCUCACAGUGGCUGCCAUCAGGUUUGAGAUGCUGAGCACUGCCCACCGGAGUCAGAUCACCCUGGACCUGGAAGACAGCAGCAUCUCCACAAAGGGAACCAAGAGCGGUGCCUUUGUGAUGUACAACUGUGCCCGGCUGGCCACGCUCUUCGACACCUACCAGCGGGCUGUGGAGCGGGGCACGUACCCACCUCGGCCACCAGCAUCAGAACUGAAUUUUUCCUGCCUCCGGGAAGAGGGUGAGUGGCUCCUGCUCUUCAACUAUCUCCUGCCCUUCCCUGAAGUCCUGCAGCAGGCAGCGCAGCUGCCCCCACCCAGCAAAGGGAUCCGGAUCACAGCCAACACAGAGAUGGUGUGCAAGUUCUUGAUCCAGCUCAGCAUGGAUUUCAGCUCCUACUACAACCGGGUCCACGUCCUGGGGGAGCCAUUCCCUCACCUCUUUGACCAGAUGUUUGCCCGCCUCCAGCUGCUGGGAGCAGUGAGGGACGUGUUCCACAGUGCCCUGGCAACACUGCACCUCCCUCCUCUCAGCCAGAUCUGAGCCACCACUGAAGAGCUGCGCCACGGUGUGACAGGCACCAGGACAAUGUGCCACAAGGGGAAGGACAGGGCACGUCCUCCCUGUCAGGGCGAGGGGCUGCCCCAGGGAGCCAGGGGACACCUCAGCCCCACAGAGACGCUUUCCCUCCCCCUGCCCCUGAGUUCUGAGGGUUUGGCUACCUGCACCCCGCAGCUGUGCCCAGUGUGGGAGAUGGGUGCAUCUGCCACGUCCGCACCAGCAGCACCCCGCAAGUGGGGCUGGGGGGUACUGGGGGAGGCAGCACUGGGGACCAGUCACCACAAAGCCAGGCACCAACCUCACAUCCCUUAAAGCCGUUUAUUGAAGGUCGCUCCGUGCUGGCAGGGAGCUCCUGAGGCUCAAGGCUCCUGUCGGGCCCUGGGCC